AUGAAAGUGCCAACUAAUCCCAAACCACAAUUUCUGGUACAUCUAGCCUGCUUUCUUGUCUACAUCAUCACAGGAAUUCUGGCAGAAAAUGAGCAACAAGUAAUUGCCAGCCUCAAUUUUUGGUUUAGAUGCCCUUCACUUGAUUACGUACGUUGUGCGGAUGGUAUUUUAUGCAUUCAUAAAAGGUGGAUGUGUGAUGGCCGUAUUGACUGCUCCGAUCACUCGGAUGAAGAUGAUGCGGUGUGCUCCAAGCGACCGAGGCAAGGAAAUUUGGAUGGUUCUCAUCGAUACGUGCCACGGACUGCGAAGUGUCCCAAGAGGUGGUUCUCGUGCAUGGACGGCUCGAAAUGCGUAUCCCCGCGAUAUGUGUGCGAUCGGAAAAAUGACUGCAAAUUCAUAGCGGCUCUUAAAUGUGAUGUUGCCCAUGAUGGUGUGCUCAUGUGA